UCUCUCCAUACUUCUCAUUUUCUCGUUGGCUACUGUCACGUUUAUGGUGGGGUGGCAACCCUUCGGAAAAAAAAAUGCGGUUGAGUUGUAAAAUCUUGUCCUAAACUAUCAUCUUUUGUGAUAAACUAACAUCUUCUCUUGCAUUUUGUCUGUCAUACAUUAACUUUUAAGUACAAGUACAUUAGUACUGGUAAAAUUGGACAUUUUUUGGUGGUCUUCUCUCUCUUAUAAAGGUUCCAAAGAUGGGCACAUGCUUCUUGGUGGAUGCAUAGAUCAUCACAAUCAUCAUCAUCUUUCCAAUGAUCUCUUCAUUGUUGUCAGAGCCCAAGAGAGAGUACAGAUAAUAGUACUAGUACUGGUGGUGUAAAGAAAAGAAAAGGAGGUGCAAAAAUCUAUUAGCUUAAAUCAGUUACUACUGCUGAUAAAGCAGAGAGGUACAGAAUGAAUGGUCUAACACAUCUUGAACCAGAUUACUCUGAAUUUGUUGAAGUUGAUCCAACUGGAAGAUAUGGCAGAUAUAACGAGAUUCUUGGCAAAGGAGCUUCAAAGACAGUUUACAGAGCAUUUGAUGAAUAUGAAGGAAUUGAAGUUGCUUGGAACCAGGUCAAACUCUAUGAUUUCCUGCAGAGUCCUGAAGAUCUUGAAAGGCUUUAUUGUGAAAUUCAUCUACUCAAAACAUUGAAGCACCAAAACAUUAUGAAAUUUUAUACAUCUUGGGUAGAUACUGCCAACAGGAACAUCAAUUUUGUCACUGAGAUGUUCACUUCUGGGACUCUUAGACAGUAUAGGUUGAAGCACAGGAGAGUAAAUAUUAGAGCAGUAAAGCAUUGGUGCAGACAGAUCUUAAAAGGUCUUCUCUAUCUUCAUAGCCUUGACCCUCCUGUGAUCCACAGAGACCUCAAAUGUGACAACAUCUUUGUUAAUGGCAACCAAGGUGAAGUGAAAAUUGGGGAUCUUGGCCUUGCUGCUAUCCUGCGAAAAUCUCAUGCCGCACACUGUGUUGGAACACCUGAAUUCAUGGCUCCAGAAGUUUAUGCAGAGGAAUACAAUGAACUGGUUGACAUCUAUGCAUUUGGGAUGUGCAUUUUAGAAAUGGUCACUUUUGAAUAUCCCUAUAGUGAGUGCACUCAUCCUGCUCAGAUCUACAAGAAAGUUAUCUCUGGGAAGAAGCCUAAUGCAUUAUAUAAAGUAAAGGAUCCUGAGGUACGACAAUUUGUUGAGAAAUGCUUGGCCACCGUUUCUCUCAGGCUCUCAGCAAGGGAGCUCUUAGAUGAUCCUUUUCUUAGGAUUGAUGGUUCUGAACCAGAAUUAAGAGCUGUUGAGUGCCCGAGAGAAAUGAAUUACAUGAAUGCCCUAUUAAGGCAGCCUUACCCUGAUAUAGAGUAUGAAGGAAAAUCGUUCAGUGACAACUCCUUCAAGGGAUAUUCCAAUGGUUAUGCUUUUGAAGACCAGAAUGGAUGGGAUUGUCAUCCAAAUGAAUUCGAGCAAAGUGGAAUCGAUCUUUUUGAGUAUAAUGAGGAAGAUCAUGAUGAAGAAUCUCCACAUGUGGAUGUAACCAUUAAAGGGAAAAGAAGAGAAGACGGUAGCAUCUUUUUAAGGCUUCGGAUUUCAGACAAGGAAGGUCGCAUCAGAAAUAUCUAUUUCCCGUUUGAUAUCGAAUUGGACACAGCACUAAGUGUUGCAACCGAAAUGGUUGCAGAACUGGAUAUGACCGAUCAAGAUGUCACUAAAAUAGCAGAUAUGAUUGAUGGAGAGAUUGCUUCUUUGGUGCCGGAAUGGAAACGAGGGCCAGGAAUAAUCGAAACUCCCCGAUUGGCAAAUCCAAGCUUUUGUCAAAAUUGUGCUUCCAACCACACAUCUACAGGUUCUCUCAUCAACUUUCUAUCACAUAAUCCUGGUGCCCAGAACAUUCAAUUCUUGCAAUGCUUGGGGAAUGGAUGUGCUGCUACACAUGGUCGGUUUGAAGAGAUCACCUAUCAAGUUGGUAGUUCUUUACGUAAUGAAUUGGAUGAAGCAAAUAAUCCUGGUUCGCCAAGCCAAAGAAAUGGCUUCCAUCCCAUAGAGAUUUGGGAUCAGCAUGAGAGCCAUGAAUGCAGUUCAUUAGGUUCUGUGGGAAGCUGUUCCCUGGAAGAAGAUGAUGAUGACGAAGAAGAAAAGUUGGAUCAAGAAACUUCAGAGGACCAUGAGAAAGAGAAAGUGUUACUGGACAGGAAUUGAGAUGGCUUAGAGCAAAAUAUCAGAUCAACUUGAGGGAUCUUAGAGAUCAACAGUUGGGACUCACAAAUAGAUCAUGCAAAUCUCAUUCAAGUUCAGCUAAUAGCAAAUGCAACAGUGAAAUUGGAACAAGAUCCCCCAGUAUUCUUCUCAAGCCUUCUGCUGAUCAUGUUAACUUGGAUUUGAACCAAAAUCUUCAGCAAAGCAGCCCCAAUUCAGUAUCCCAAAGGGACCGGAAAUGCGAGGCGACCAAGGAGACUCCUAAUGUCAAGGACAUAGUUGCUGUUAAGAAAUUUUGCAAAAAUUCAUUACUUCCAAACUCACUUCACAGAACAACAUCCUUGCCAGUUGGUGCUAUUUACUUCUGAUGUUUUUGCAACCUCACCAAUUUUCCUUAUUGUCUAAAAUUGCAAUACAUUUUAGAGUCUCUAUCAUUUUGAGUACAAACGCUAGCUAGUGGUAUACCCUUCAGCCCCUGGGCAUUCCAUCCUCCCUUGUUUGUACCCUUUUUAGGGAUCUACCUAUAAAGAGAACCAUACUAAGGACUAUGUGUAAAAUUACAAGAGUCGUAUAAAUUUCCAAGGCUUCAGAAUAUUCAGCUGUAAUAAACUUAUCAGUCAUCUCCAUCUGUUUCCUGUGAUACUGAGAUGAUUUUGACCAUUGGUUUCGUACCAACUA